AAGAGUAGAGGAUCUCGGAAAAGUCCGACGGAGCAUUUUGGCCAAUCACAGGUCGAGGUGCAAUAUUUUUUUUUGGCGGGAGCAUGAUUCAAAAGGUUUCCAUUAUGACCAUGAACUGCACGGAGGAUAUACUUCUGGAUCAUAUAUGGGAGAGACUUCGCUCUCGUUUGCAGAAUGCCCUUGCAAGGAUACCUGUGGAUUUGGACUUUUUAGAAUUUAUCUGUGUUCAAGAGUUAGUUUUCCUCAGUGCUUUAUCUCCCCAGGUCACCCUUCCUGUUGACAUAUGGGAAGGUUUAACAGGUCUACAUUAUGCAAUUACUUCAGAAAAACAAAGAAACGAGACGCAUUUUGUGACAGCACACUUUGAACAAGGUAGUUGUGGACGCCCAAAAGCAGUCAUUGGUCGUGAAUAUCUCACCAGUAUGCUUGAGAUGAACUUGCCAGUCAGGUGCAUUGCUAACCUUUUGGGGGUAUCUGAAAGGACUGUACACAGGCGACUGGCAGAGUUCAACCUAUCAGUCAGAUCACGCUACAGCUCACUCACAGAAAAUGAGCUAGACACAUUAGUGUCUAAUAUUAAGUCCAGAAUGCCAAAUAAUGGGUACAGGAUGGUGAAGGGGGCUUUGAAAGCUGAAGGGCAUAAAGUGCAAUAUGACCGGGUGAGGGCAUCACUUCAUCGAGUGGACACACUGGGAGUUUUCUCCAGGAUGACAGAGCUGGGUUGUGUUGUCCGGAGGAGAUAUUCAGUCCCAGGGCCCAAAUCAAUGAUGCACAUCGACACGAAUCACAAAUUAAUACGGUAUAACAUUGUCGUGUUUGGAGGGGUGGAUGGCUUUUCACGAAAGAUAAUGUACCUUGGUGCUGCCACAAACAAUUUGGCAUUAACUGCCCUAACAUUCUUUCAAGAAUCUGUGGAACGAUAUGGCUUCCCUCUUAGGGUCAGAGGGGACCAUGGAGUUGAGAAUGUGGACAUUGCACGUUUAAUGUUCACAAUCCGUGGCACAGGGAGAAGCAGUUUCAUUUCAGGGAAAAGUGUCCACAACCAGAGAAUAGAGAGACUGUGGAGAGAUGUAUGGACUGCUGUGACCAGUGUGUACUAUGAUGUGCUACACUAUCUUGAGGAAGCCAACUACCUCGAUAUUGCAGACCAAACACAUCUCUUCUGUUGCCACUAUACAUUCUUGCCAAGGCUACAAGAUGAUCUAAACAUUUUUCGAGAUGGGUGGGACAAUCAUCCUUUAAGGACAGAACACAACAUGUCUCCAAAUCAGCUCUGGGAAUUGGGCCAACUUCACCAUCCAGUUGAUGAUCCCCAAAAUGCAGAGGAACAGAACAUGGGGAUAUCAAUAGCUGAUAUUGAUUGGGACAGCAGUGGAUUGGCUUCUGCUGAAAGUGUUGGUGUUACUGUUCCAACUGUAGAAUGUCCACUUACACCAGAGCAACUUGCAGCACUCAAGGACACAGUGGACCCCAGGUCACCAUCACAAUCCCAUGGGAUAGACAUUUACAUGGCUACAGUGCAGUUUUGCCAAGCAAUUGAGUAA